AGCCAUAUUUCUCCGCUCAACGCUAUUAGUUCCAAAAACGUCCCUCUCCGGCGAGUGAACCCGUGAACAGAAGUGAGCUGCAGCCCGCAUGGAGGAUUACGAAGCCUAGGGCGGUUUUGCUCGAUCCAUUCGCAAGAGAUUAGCUGUUCCCACUUUCGUCGGGGACCAUCCUGUUCUACCGGGAUGGGGGGAUUGGAAGGGAAAGGGAGGGGAGGAGGCGAAGUAGUUGCAGCAGCGAGAGGGACUGAAUCUGGAAGUCUAUGGCUGGCUCCGAAUCCGAGCAAGAGAUGGGGAGAACUCUUCUUUCUGUUCUAUACUCCGUUUUGGCUCACACUCUGUCUUGGAAUCAUCGUUCCUUACAAGCUUUACGAGAGCUUCACCGAGCUAGAAUAUUUACUUCUGGGAUUGGUUUCAGCGGCACCAACCUUUUUGAUACCACUGGUUUUUGUUGGUAAGGUGGAUAGCAGCAGAUGCUUGAGUAAUCGAUACUGGGUAAAGGCAAAUCUUUGGAUUAUUAUUUUUAGCUAUGUUGGGAACUACUUCUGGACUCACUAUUUUUUCACGGUACUUGGAGCAUCAUAUACUUUUCCGUCAUGGAAAAUGAACAAUGUACCUCAUACAACAUUCCUUCUCACUCACGUUUGCUUCCUAUUCUACCACAUGGUAUCAAAUUUUAUACUUCGUAGACUCCGCCACACUAUCACAGAUUUGCCACCAUCAAUCCGGUUCGUCACUGAAGCCGCGUGGAUUUUAGCCUUCUCUUAUUUCAUAGCAUACUUGGAGACAUUGGCAAUUUCAAAUUUUCCUUAUUAUGACUUCGUUGAUCGGGCGUCAAUGUACAAAGUUGGUUCGUUGUUUUAUGCUAUUUAUUUUGUGGUGAGCUUUCCCAUGUUUUCAAG